GGACCACCAACCCAUAAGAAGGUUGUGCCUUUUAGGGAGAGUAAAGUGUUUAGGACUUCUUGACAGUUCUUGUACUUGUUUUUCUCUUCAAGAUGGUUGACGCUGCUGGUCACAAAGUCAUUGUGUGUGACAAUGGUACUGGGUUUGUCAAGUGUGGCUAUGCCGGCAGUAACUUCCCUUCCCACAUAUUCCCGUCCCUGGUUGGUAAACCAAUCAUCCGCUCUACAGCUAAAGUGGGAAAUAUAGAAGUCAAGGAUUUAAUGGUAGGAGAUGAAGCAAGUCAGUUACGAUCAAUGCUGGAGGUGAAUUACCCAAUGGAGAAUGGGAUAGUCAGGAAUUGGGACGACAUGAAGCACGUUUGGAAUUACACCUUUCACGAGAAGCUUAAAGUAGAUACCAAGGACUGUAAGGUCUUAUUAACUGAGCCCCCAAUGAACCCAACCAAGAACAGAGAGAAGAUGAUUGAGGUUAUGUUUGAGGAGUAUAAUUUUGCUGGCGUUUAUAUUGCCAUCCAAGCAGUAUUGACUCUGUAUGCUCAAGGUUUAUUGACUGGUAUUGUCAUUGACAGUGGAGAUGGUGUCACUCACAUAUGCCCAGUAUAUGACGGGUUCGCUUUGCCUCAUUUGACCCGUCGACUUGACGUGGCCGGGAGGGACAUCACUCGCUAUCUUAUUAAGCUCCUCCUUCUACGUGGCUAUGCUUUUAAUCACUCUGCAGACUUUGAGACAAUACGUAUGAUGAAAGAGAAGCUCUGUUACGUUGGUUAUAAUGUUGAACAAGAGCAGAAAUUAGCCACAGAGACAACUGUUCUUGUUGAAAGCUACACACUGCCUGAUGGUCGUGUUGUUAAAUUAGGUGGUGAGAGAUUCGAAGCUCCAGAGGUUUUGUUCCAACCUCAUCUUAUCAACAUUGAAGGGGUUGGUGUUGCCGAGCUUCUUUUUAACACAAUACAAGCAGCAGAUAUUGAUACUAGGGCUGAUUUUUAUAAGCACAUCGUUCUUAGCGGUGGUUCUACUAUGUACCCUGGCCUCCCAUCUCGAUUGGAAAGGGAAAUCAAGCAGCUUUAUCUGGCUCGAGUUUUGAAAGGAGACACUUCAAAACUUUCUAAAUUUAAAAUCCGUAUUGAGGACCCUCCCAGACGUAAGCACAUGGUGUUCUUAGGUGGAGCUGUUUUGGCUGACAUAAUGAAAGAUAAAGACACAUUCUGGAUGUCAAGGGAAGAAUAUCAAGAGAAAGGCAAAAAAGUUUUGGAAAAGCUGGGUGUGGCUGUGAAGACAUAAUGACUUUCUGUAUUUUCCAGUUUCGUCUUUUAAUUGUAGAGUGGGUAGUGCUUUAUUUAGAAUUGUUCUUAUUAUUAUCAGAACAUUUCACUUCUUUUUGUUGUAUAAUGCUUUUCAUGUUUGCUGGUUUUAGGUAAUUUUUAAUUAUUAUUAUUAUUAUUAUUAUUGUAGCCAGAGGUUUGUGACAAAGUUUUGGUAUGUUAUACAUAAAAUUGUCUCACUAUUGUGUUUCUCAUGGGAA